AUGGACCAGCCUCAGACGCCAGCUACCAGCGAUGGGCAGCAGCCGACAAUGCCACUAGAGAGCGAAACGCACACGGUACCAGUAAUCAUCGUCGUACUCGCCCAUUUCGACCAGAGGGGCUUACCCGACUGGCCUCUAAGCAUCACACUAAACUCGUUCCUCGCCUUCUUCACAACUCUGAUCAAGGCGACCUUCAUGCUCCCCGUUUCUACCGCCAUCAGCCAGAUGAAAUGGAGUUGGUUCCUUCAAGACCGGCCCAUUUAUGACUUCCAUAUCAUCGACCAGGCUAGCAGAGGACUGCGUGGUUCCUUCAUGUUGUUGUGGAGGGCGCACUUGAAGAGCUUCAUCUCUCUCGGAGCCGUCAUUGUCAUCACAAGCACGUUGACGUCCCCGGUCACGCAGCUGGCUAUCAACUACCCCAUCAGAGAUCGCGAAGUUCCUAGCGGUGCCUAUGCCAGAGCCAUCCGGAAAAUCGAGACACCGGUUGAUUCCUUGACUCACGCGACAAGCAAGGCUGUUCAAAUUGCAAUAGCCUCAGACAAUUCCUUAUUCAACAACCCAAUGCCGCCCCUCGAAGCUUUCUGCUCGACUGGUAAUUGCACAUUUGACAAGUACAGCACACUGGGGGUCUGCGUAAAGCUAGCCAACAUAUCCUCGCAUCUGAAAAUCGAGACCUUUAAGGAUCUAGAAUCAGCGGACAUUCCUCCAUCGGACCUCGAACUUCUCAAGGAGAUGAUACAGCCUCCUGGGAUGAAGAUCUGGAAGGCAUCCCUUUCUGAGCACUUUUACAUGAUGCACUUGGAUUCAAUCUCUUUAUGUACCGAUAUGUUGGUCGGAAACGAAAGUUUUGGGUUUCGUAACGACAUGAAUUUGCUACGGACGAGAAUAGCUUCAUUCGCUCUGAUUUUCACCACCCCAGUCUACAAUGAUACAUUCUCCACAGAGGAUGAUUUCAUUACAGAGGAUGGAUAUUUAAAGCGAGGAGAUACGUUUUGGCACGAGGCCUGGGAGGUCCUAUUCCAUCUUUGCGUCCAGUCGUACGACACCAAAGUCCAGGCGGGCGCCGAUGAGACUCACAUGGUAAGCUCGAUCGCCAUACCCAUGGAGCCAGAAGACAGCCCCUUUAUGGACGUCAACUGUCCACAGUCUCUGUAUGGCCCGUCAGGUAUAUGUGAGGAGAACUCAGAGCGAUACAACGAGACGCUCGUUCUGCAAAGCCCAGGGGAGGAUUCUCCGUGUCCAGGCUCAAAGCCGGAAGCCUUCAGUGCAAAUUAUUUCUCUAUGGAGCUUACGGCAUUGAGACUAAGACAAAGCCUGACGAGUUGGGUAAUGGCUAAGUAUGAGGAUGAGGAUUUGUCAAAACCCAUCACUAUGAGUAUGACGCCCUCGGACUUUAUAGGAAGUCUCUGGUCUGCUGUACUCUUUCACCCGCAAAAAUUGCUUGACCAUACCGCUCGCUACAGCAGUCUCAACAACAUUUAUCUGAAUGUCGCGACGGCGUUAUCUUCAGUAAUACGCCGAGCCGAACUCAAUUACACGGAACACGGCUUCAACAUUACUGGGAAGGCUUGGGAAGCAGAAACAUAUGUACAAAUCCGAUGGGGGUGGCUUUCGUUUCUCGCCUUCGAGCUUGUUCUUGCGGCCACCGUCUUAGUCCUGACGAUCGCCGCUCAGAAGAGCAACCAGACAUCAGACCGAGAGAGCUACGACAUGGUUUGUGACCUCAAGGAUUCUUCCCUGGCGGCCUUGGUUGCACUCGACAACGAGUAUCGGGGCGUGGUGGGAGACGGCUUAGGGCCGAUAAAUGAGCUGGAGAAAACGGCAAAGGAAGUACAUGUGAGGCUAAGGGGGAACAGACUCGUCGCUGUCAACGCCACCAAUGAAACUCAAGGCGAUUGUGCUUAG